AUGAGCCCGCCCGCGCCGCUGGAGGUUGAUAUGGUGGGGGUUACUGAUACCUCGGCCGUGCCUGUUCCGGAUCCUUUGACGUUCAAUGGUGUUCCGGCAUGGCGUGCAAAGAUGGCUCAAAUGCCCACUGGAGUUGCGGCGUCCUCCAGCAGUGAUAUGUUCAAGAGCCCGGCUUGUUACGCCAAUCCCAAGGCUAAGCGCUUUGAUCACCACUUCUCUCUUGAGGCCAAGUCUCGCAAGGCCUCUACACUGAAGACGGCUGCGCGCUUCCUGAAGAACCCUGGGAUUAUUUCUCUCGGCGGUGGUCUUCCGUCUGCUGAGUAUUUCCCGUUGGAGAGCCUCGAUAUGAAGGUCCCCACGCCACCGGGUUUCUCUCCCGAAGCUACCAAAAAGUCCGGCACGACUCUGCACGCCGGAAAGCAUGAUAUUCAAGAAGGAAAGAGCCUUUUUGACCUUGAAGUUGCUCUCAACUAUGGCCAAGCUACCGGAGCUGCUCAACUUCUUCGAUUCGUCACCGAGCACACCGAGAUUAUCCACCACCCUCCUUACUCCGACUGGCAAUGUACCCUGACUGCCGGUAGCACUUACGCUUGGGAUACCGCCCUCCGUCUCUUCUGCGAGCGUGGAGAUUAUAUUUUGAUGGAAGAGUACACAUUUGCGAGUGCAGCAGAGACUGCUUUCCCGCUGGGCCUCAAGGCCGCGGGCGUCCCGAUUGAUGAACAGGGCCUCAUCCCCGAGGCCAUGGAUGUCCUCCUCAGCAACUGGGACGAGAAAGCUCGCGGCGCACGCAAACCUUUCGUCCUCUACACUAUCCCCACAGGCCAGAACCCCACUGGCGCAACCCAGUCGGCUGAGCGCCGCAAGGCGGUAUAUAAGGUCGCGCAGAAGCACGACGUUAUCAUUGUCGAGGACGAGCCCUAUUACUUCUUGCAGAUGCAACCUUACGUUGGUCAGGAUGCUCCCGCCCCACCUCCACCUGCCAACCACGACGAAUUCAUCAAGUCCCUCGUUCCCUCGUUCCUGAGCCUUGAUGUCGACGGCCGCGUUGUGCGGUUGGAGUCGUUCUCCAAGGUCAUCGCUCCCGGUAGCCGUGUCGGCUGGAUUGUUGCCUCUGAGCAGAUUAUUGAGCGAUUCAUUCGUAACUUCGAGGUUUCCGCGCAGACUCCCAGUGGUAUCGCCCAGAUGGUUCUCUUCAAGCUCCUGGAUGAGCACUGGGGCCACUCCGGAUACCUGGACUGGCUGAUUAACCUCCGCUUGGAAUAUACCCACCGCCGUGACGCAUUGCUACACGCAUGCGAGAAGCACCUACCUACCGAGAUUGCCCACUGGGCGCCUCCUGCCGCAGGCAUGUUCCACUGGAUCGAGAUCGACUGGCACAAGCACCCCGGCGUUGCUGCGGGCAAGUCCCGCGAGGAGAUCGAAGAAGAGAUCUUCCUUUCUGCCGUGGACAACUGCGUUCUCCUGUCCCGAGGAAGCUGGUUCAAGGCUGACAGCGAAGCCGUCAUGGAGAAGAUGUUCUUCCGUGCGACCUACGCUGCCGCCUCUUCGGAAAAGAUCGACGAGGCCAUCUCGCGCUUCGGAGAGUGCCUGCGUGAUCAGUUCAAGCUGUAA